AAAAACAUAUACUAUAAUUGUUAAAGCAAGAAAUGAUGUUGCCAUUACAUUUCUUAUCUUUUUACUUUCUUCCGCUGUUCCUCUUCCUACUCUUCCUCUUCCUAUGCUUUUCCCUUAUUACCACUACUCCGACAGGCCACGAAAAACUACCACCACCUUCUCCUCCAAAGCUCCCAAUUGUUGGGAACCUCCACCAACUGGGUUUGUUCCCUCACUGCUCUCUCCGAUCACUGGCUCAAAAAUAUGGACCCCUUAUGCAACUUCACUUCGGCAGUGUCCCAGUCCUUGUUGUCUCCUCGGCCGUUGCAGCACGUGAGAUCAUGAAAACCCAUGAUCUCGCCUGUUCAAGCAGACCUAAAACAAGCAUUGCUACAAGACUUACCUACAACUCUAAGGAUGUCGCGUUUAGUCCCUAUGGCGAGUAUUGGAGGCAGGUGAGAAGCAUUUGCGUCCUCCACCUUCUUAGUAAUAAGAGGGUACAGUCCUUUCGAAAUGUGAGAGAAGAAGAAACUGCCCUUAUGAUUGAGCAAAUCAAACACUACUCUUCUUCUUCUUCGUCUUCGUUGGUAAACUUAACCGACAUGUUUGUAACACUUACAAAUAAUAUAGUGUGUAGGGCUGCGUUGGGGAGGAAGUAUGGUGGAACAAAAGGAGGGAGGAGGUUCAAGGAACUCCUCGCGAUGUUUGGAGAGUUGUUGGGUGUUUUCAAUGUGGGGGACUAUAUCCCAUGGCUUGCUUGGAUGAAUCGAAUAAAUGGUUUGGAUGCUAAAGUGGAGAAUUUAUUUAAGGAGAUGGAUGAAUUUCUUGAGGGAGUAGUGGAAGAACAUGUUGAUAGAAGGAAAAGAGAGGGCAGUGACAGUGUGAAUCUUGGAAGUGAAAGCAAACAUGAUUUUGUGGAUCUUCUACUUCAAAUCCAACAAGAGAACACAGAUGGCUCCCCUAUUCAUAGAGAUACCAUCAAAGCUCUCAUCUUGGACAUGUUUGUUGCUGGAACUGAUACCAUAUUUACAACUAUGGAGUGGACAAUGGCAGAGCUCUUAAAACACCCACAAAUCAUGAAGAAACUACAAAAUGAGGUGAGAAAAAUAGCCAAAGGCAAACUGAACAUAACCGAGAAUGAUUUAGAAAACAUGUACUAUUUGAAAGCGGUGAUCAAAGAAUCUCUAAGGAUGCAUCCUCCAGCUCCAUUGUUGGUUCCCCGAGAAUCAAUCCAAGAUGCCAAGGUAAUGGAUUAUGACAUUGUAGCUGGCACACAAGUAAUUGUCAAUGCUUGGGCAAUUGCAAGAGACCCAUUAUCAUGGGAAGAUCCUGAGGAGUUUCGGCCAGAGAGGUUCUUGAAUAGUUGAAUAGAUUUCAAAGGGCACAACUUUGAGUUUAUUCCUUUUGGUGCUGGUCGAAGGGGUUGCCCUGGUACUCUAUUCGCCACGAAUGUUGAUGAGCUUGCACUUGCAAGUGUUGUUCACAAGUUUAACUUAUCGUUACCAGAUGGAGUGAGUGGGGAAGAUUUGGACAUGACUGAAGCUGCUGGUUUAACUAUCCAUAAAAAAAACCCUUUAAUUGUUGUUCCAACUCCUUACUCUUGUUAGUGUCAUAAAGUCUCCCAUAUGUUUUAGAACUAUAUGUUAUAUCAGUGAUAGUUAAAUCAAAGACAAUAAAUGCUUAGCCAUAUAAAUCUAAAUAAAUUUUGCGCUUGAGAGUUGUAUUAGGUGGAUUGCUAUUUCUAGUUCUAAACAAAUCAAUUUAUAUGAGAAGUUUCUUUCUCUCCUUUUGCGUAA